AACAUGUGAACAGAAGAGCAGACGCCCGACUUGGUGCGCCCUUUUAUAAAAACAUUUGAAAUAAGUCUUAGAUUGCUAAUCGCCGUUGUUGUUUUAUUGACCCCCUGGCCUUCCUUAAUUUCUUGGGUCCUGUCAACAUGUUUUAAUAUUGCACUUUGUAGGUUCACAUGCACAAAUUUUAUAUUAGGAUAAGAAUUGAAUAUGUUGUGUGUACUAAUGAUGACGUGUACCGAGUGGUGAUUCUUUAAUCAGAGUUAAAUUCAUAUAUUCCUUUAUUACAAACAAACCUAAUACAACUGACAUUUAGGUACUUGGUGAGCUGCACGAAUGGCGUACAUACGUGUGCCUAUGAUGCUUUGAGGUGCACGAAAAAAUGAGGAACGUGGUCCUGCACCUAAUCAACCUACAAGGUACACACAAAAAACGACGUGUACCCAGAUUGUGAAUUUGUAAAGCCCUGAUAACACAACAACGAAGUGACUAUUUUGCAAAUUCUCAAACGUUUUUGCCAUCUGAUGAUGCAUUUAAAGUAUUCUUACAUUUUCAAAAGUUAAGCCGGUGUUAUGUUAUUCUAAAUGUUUGUCAACUUUAUUUAUUACUUAUAUAUAAAUUUACUUUGUUAUAAUUUCCAACUCUUUUAUUUUAAUGAACUAAAUUUUUUUUUUCCCUUUUUGUUUUUCCUGGCAAGUACAGGGUCUGGCAAGUGAAUGUAUUUUAUUGUCAUGUUACUUUUUUUAAUGUGUCUGGUUUAUAAUUGUUAAUUUAAGUUUAACAUCAACAAUAAAUAAACAAUAUGGCAGAUACUGGAAAACAGCUUGAACAAUUGGCAGAAGUUUUAAACUAUACAUUAUCUGAAGAAAAAGCUAAGCGAAAACAGGCGGAAGAUUACCUGGAAUCAGUUGAAGGAACUCCAAAUUAUGGUUUGUUGUUAUUACAACUACUGACUGCUGAGUCAGCAUCUGCUGUUAUCAGAACUGCUGCUGCCGUAACAUUUAAAAACUUUAUAAAAAGAAACUGGAGAGUGAUUGAUGGUGAAAAUUCUAAAAUAAGUGAAGCCGAUCGACAACUCAUCAAAACAAACAUAGUUCAGCUAAUGCUAAACAGUCCCGAAUCUAUUCAACGUCAACUUAGCGAUGCCAUUAGUAUUAUUGGAAGAGAAGAUUUUCCAGAAAAAUGGAAAGAUUUACUUGGGAAUCUUACAUCACACAUGAAAGUCAGUGAAAGCCUGAACCUCCACACUGUUAAUGGUGUAUUACAGACGGCGCAUUCGUUAUUUAAAAGAUUCCGUUAUGAAUUUAAGUCGCAAGAAUUAUGGACAGAAUUAAAGUUUGUUUUGGAUAAUUUUGCUUCGCCUCUUUUGAAUUUGUUUGAAGGCAUGAUAGAGAGAAUCCCAAAGAAAAUCAACGAUGCUGCAGAACUAAAACAAAUCUUUGACGUCUUAACAGCAAUUUGUAAACUGUUUUAUAGCUUAAACUAUCAGGACCUACCAGAGUUUUUUGAGGACAACAUGAAAAGAUGGAUGGAGCCAUUUCAUAUGCUCAUUGUCACAGAAUUUAAAGUGUUAGUGACAACGGAUACUGAUGAGGCAGGUCAUCUUGAACGUAUCAGAUCUCAGAUAUGUGACAAUGUUGCACUUUAUGCUCAAAAAUAUGAUGAAGAGUUUCAGCCUUAUCUACCAAACUUUGUCGAAGCUAUCUGGAACUUGCUAACAUCUGUUGGAAAUGAUGUAAAACAUGAUCUGCUUGUCAGCAAUGCUAUCCUAUUUCUCGCCUCUGUAUGUGAGCGUCCUCAUUACAAAGAUUUAUUUGCAGACCAAGGUACAUUGCAGAGCAUUUGUGAGAAAGUUAUUGUUCCAAAUAUGAUUUUUCGCGAUGCCGAUGAAGAACUGUUUGAAGAUAAUCCUGAAGAAUAUAUACGAAAAGAUAUGGAAGGUUCAGAUAUUGACACAAGACGAAGGGCUGCUUGUGAUUUAGUACGAGGACUGUGUAAAUUUUUUGAACAGGCGGUUACAAAUGUUUUUUCACAAUACGUAAACGCCAUGCUUCUUGAAUACUCUCAAAACCCUUCAGAAAAGUGGAAAUCUAAAGACGCUGCUAUAUAUAUCGUUACCUCGUUAGCUGCAAAAAAAUCCACAACUAAACAUGGUACAACAGAAGCGAGCGAACUUGUAAAUUUAGUAGACUUCUUCAAUUCACAAAUAGCAUCAGAUCUUGGUGCACCUAACGUGGAUGAGUAUCCAGUGUUAAAAGCUGACGCAAUCAAAUAUGUCAUCACAUUUCGAGGUGUGUUACCAAAAGAAAUCUUGUUGAAAUGUUUUCCACCUGUUUGUGCACUCUUAAAAUCAAAAAGCAAUGUUGUUCACAGUUAUGCUGCUUUAGCCAUUGAAAAACUAUUGACUGUAAGAACAGCAAAUGGAAGUCUUCUGUUUACGCCCCAGGAGAUUUCACCGCUACGCGAACGGUUAUAUAAUAAUCUUUUUGCAGCUCUCAACCUUUCUGGAUCCUCUGAAAACGAAUAUGUCAUGAAGGCAAUUAUGAGAGUAACAACAGUAAUGCAAGAUGGAUUAGCUUCACUGGUACCAAAUAUAAUAACAAAGCUUUCUGCGAAGUUAGCUUUAGUUUGUAAGAAUCCAAGUAAGCCUCAGUUUAACCAUUACUUGUUUGAAAGCAUAUGUGCAUUGAUCAGGGGUGUUGGCAAAACCGACAAAGGUGUCGUCACGACCAUUGAGGAAUCUUUGUUCCCCGUCAUUCAAAUCGUGUUACAGAACGAUGUGACUGAGUUUCUUCCAUAUGUGUUUCAAGUGUUAUCGCUGUCGUUAGAGGUACGAGAGGAAGGUGUGAAAGGUCCCUAUAUGGAUUUAUUCCCAAUGCUUCUUCAGCCAGUGUUAUGGGAAAGACCAGGAAAUGUUCCAGCAUUGACCAAGUUGUUACAAGCGUAUAUAAAAAGAGGAGGAAAUGAAAUUUCCGGGCCAGCAACCAUGAUGCCUUUACUCGGAGUAUUUCAAAAGUUAAUAGCAUCACGCGCAAACGACCACGAAGGAUUUUACGUGCUAAGCAGUAUGAUUGAACACGUUCCCUGGACUUCUUUACAAUCACAUUUCAAAGAAAUUGUAAUGCUUUUGUUUCAAAGGUUGCAGACAUCAAAAACAACGAAAUUUGUUAAAGGUUUCAUUGUUUUUGUUUCACUGUUUGCUGGCAAGAAUUCACCAAGCAUCCUUCAUCAAACAAUUGAUGGUAUCCAACCGAAGUUGUAUGGAAUGAUGGUGGAAAAAAUAUUGACAACAGACCUACAAAAAGUAGGAGGUCAUAUUGAACGAAAAAUAUGUGCUGUCGGUGUUACAAAAAUUCUAACUGAAACGCCAGCAUUGUUUGAAGCAGACUACCUGCCAAAAUGGGCUCCAUUACUGCAAGCUUUAAUUGGAUUGUUCGAGCUACCAGAAGACGAUUCUAUUCCAGCGGAUGAACAUUUUAUUGAUGUGGAAGAUACGCCAGGUUACCAGACAGCGUUUUCAGCAUUGGCAUUCGCCAGCAAAAAAGACCAUGAUCCAUUUACUGAGGUUCUCGAACCAAAAGAAUUUCUCGCUAAGAAGUUAUACGCUCUUUCUGUUGCUCAUCCGGGACAGGUUACUCGAUUAAUUAAAGAUGGUCUAAACCCAGAAGCAUUGAAAUUUCUUCAAACGUAUUUUACAAAGGCUCAAGUACAAUUGACUUGAUGUAACACGUAUAUACUGAACUUUCGUGAUCAUUUCAAGAUAGUAAAUGCUCUGACAUUAAUAACGUACCAAUCUUCACUGUUGCUGUUUUGUGAAUGUACAAAAAACUUAAUCCAUAAAAAAUAUAGUAUAAAAACCUUCCUAGUUAAAAACAACGAAGAAUUUAUUUUCAGAUA